GCAUCCCAAUGUCCGUGUCAGGGCGGCCAGCCCUGCCCGUCCUGCUGCUGGCCGUGGCCAUGUCUUCUUUCUGCUCCGCCACAUCCGGAGAUGAGGCACGAAACCGGCUGUUGAUGAGAGAGAAUAUGAUGCGGAUCGGGGGGCAGCUGGUGCUAACGCAGGAGGAGGAGCUGGCCAACCAGAGGCUCGGGGCCCUCAAGGAGGCUGAGAUGCAGGAGGCCCUGAGGACGGGGAGCAUCCCACCCAGCAUGCACUUCUUCCAAGCCAAGAGCCUCAUUGAGAAAAGUGCGGUGUUCAACAUCCUGAAGAAGAUGCCGAAAGGGGCUGCCUUACACGUCCACGACUUCAGCAUCGUCAGCAUGGACUGGCUGGUGAACGUCACCUACAGGCCCCACUGCUAUUUCUGCCUCACCCCGAGGGGGACCCCGCAGUUCAGAUUUGCUCACUCGACUCCCCCCACCCUGAACACAACAGAAUGUCCCGAGUGGGUUUUGCUGGAGAAGUUUCGAAGGGGGCUGCCGGAUAUCACCGAGUUUGACCACAGCCUGCUGAGGAAUUUCACUCUGAUGACCGAGAACCCCGAUGCGACUUAUGCAAACCAGGACAUGGUCUGGGCCAAGUUCAAUACCAUCUUCGUGGCGAUCGGGGGCCUCGUGAGCUAUGCCCCGGUGUUCCGAGACUACAUCUCCCGGGGCCUGGAGGAGUUCUACCAGGACAACGUGCUCUACCUGGAGCUCAGAACCACGCUGUACCCGGUCUCUACUCUCCUGUGUAUCCUGGAUGACCCCCUUUUCCGGGGAUAUGUUCACACCUCCUUGAGGUCGGCCCAGGUGUAUGAACUGAACGGCUCGGUGUACGGCCCAGAGUGGACGGUGAGGUUGUACGAAGAAGUGGCUCGUAAUUUCGCAAAAGAGCAUCCUGGGUUUCUUGGGAUCAAACUCAUUUAUUCGGAUCACAGGUCCAAGGCUGCGUCCGCCAUCACGAAAUCCAUCCAGACAGCCAUGGAACUUCGAGCCAAGUUCCCCGGGAUGGUGGCGGGGUUUGACCUGGUGGGGCGAGAGGACACGGGCCACUCCCUGUACGAGUACAAGGAGGUUUUGAUGAUUCCAGCCUCGCGGGGCUUUGAGCUGCCUUACUUCUUCCACGCCGGAGAGACAGACUGGCAGGGUACUUCCGCAGACAGAAACGUUCUGGAUGCCCUGAUACUGAACUCGACCAGGAUUGGCCAUGGGUUUGCUCUGAGCAAACACCCGGCCGUCUGGGCUGAGGCUUGGAAGAGGGACAUCCCCAUCGAAGUGUGUCCCAUCUCCAACCAGGUUCUGAAGCUGGUGUCUGACCUACGAAACCACCCUGCAGCUGUGCUCAUGGCCACCGGGUACCCCAUGGUCAUCAGCUCUGAUGACCCCGCCGCUUUUGGAGCCAAAGGCUUGUCCUAUGAUUUCUACGAGGCCUUCGUGGGCGUCGGGGGGAUGACGGCUGACCUGAGGACACUCAAGCAGCUGGCCGUGAACUCCAUCAGGUACAGUGCCCUGUCGGAGCCCGAGAAGCAGUUUGCCAUGGCAGCCUGGGAGGAGAGGUGGCAGGAGUUUGUGGCCCAGCUGGCCAGGGGCCCCCAAUGA